AUGGGUUUUCCGACAUUAUGGAGAAAAUGGAUUAAAGAAUGUGUUACAACGGCUACUGCAUCCGUUUUGGUUAAUGGUAGCCCCACAGAUGAGUUUCCUUUGGAUAGAGGUCUACGUCAGGGUGACCCCCUUUCCCCGUUUUUAUUUUUACUGGCUGCAGAGGGGCUGCAUGUUAUGAUGAAGGCUAUGAUUGAUGCAAAUUUGUUUAGAGGUUAUAGAGUUGGGUAUGAUAAUGAGGUGGUUGUAUCGCAUCUUCAGUUUGCAGAUGACACUUUACUUUUAGGUGAGAAGAGCUGGGCGAAUGUGCGUGCAUUACGGGCGGUGUCUGGGUUAAAAAUAAAUUUCCAUAAAAGUUUGUUGGUUGGUGUAAAUGUUUCUGACUCUUGGUUAACGGAAGCAGCGUCGUUGUUGAAUUGUAAGGUUGGUACUUUGCCCUUUACUUAUUUGGGAUUGCCGAUUGGUGGAAACCCGCGUCGUCUGGCUUUUUGGGAACCUGUGGUUAACCGUAUAAAAUCUAGACUGUCUAGUUGGCAAAGUCGGUUUCUUUCAUUUGGAGGUCGUUUGAUUCUUUUAAAGUAUGUCUUGAUCGUGCUACCUGUCUAUGCUCUUUCCUUCUUCAAGGCUCCAGCAGAGGGCGUUACAUUGGUUGCUAGGUAUGGUGUACGUGAUGGGAGGUUGGAGGAUGGGGGCCGGAGUGGUUCUAUUUGGUGGAAGGAGAUUGGUAGGAUUAUAGAGGGGGAGGGUGGGGGCGGUGUUGGCUGGUUUGAGGGAUGCGUGGUUAGGUGUGUGGGUGAUGGGGAGGAUACUUUGUUUUGGCAUGAGCGGUGGUGUGGUGAUGUCCCAUUCAAGAUUCGAUUUAGAAGGUUGGGGGAGGAGGGAGGGGGAUGGCAGUGGCGUAUGAGAUUGUGGGUGUGGGAGGAGGAGCUUCUUGCGGAGUGUAGGUUAUUACUUGCUAAUGUUUCUUUGCAGCCUCUUUCUUAUGAUGUGUGGCAGUGGCACCCGGACCCUAGUCAAGGGUACACAAUUCGUGGGACAUAUGCUUUGCUUACUAAUCAGGAGGAGCAGCAGAAUGGUCUUUGUGAAGAAUUGGUUUGGCACAAACAGGUUCCCCUUAAGGUGUCUAUUUUUGCUUGGAGGUUGAUUCGAGAUAGACUUCCUACAAAGUCUAAUUUAGCAUAUCGUGGUAUCUUGAAUUCAGAGUUUCAAAAUGCAAGUUACUUGAAUCCUCAAUACAAAACAACAGGAAAAGGGUUUCUGAAGCUUCAACUUAUUAAUCAGAGAUCAGAUUUCUCAUUUGCAUUGUUUUCUGGUGGCCUCUCAAAUGUAAGACCAUCAUUAGUUUGA